UAAAGAGUUCUCGUAUAGUAAGAGGCAGCUAUUGCACAGAAAAAUAAUUCAGUAAUUUUUAAAAGGCUAGCAUCAUUUUUUGUUCAUUUAGCAUUUACAAUGUAAAUUUUCCGCAUAAACGUCUCUUUGUCUCUAACUUUCCAGGGAGGGGUAAGGAUUAGCGUUCUGCAUUUCAUAGACGACGGGAGCGCCUGGCACAUUUUGCGGAGUGAAUUGGAAGAUGAGCGGGCAUUCUAAACGAUUUAUUUACUUUUGCGGGAGCAUUCGCGGUGGAAGAGAGGAUGCAGCACUCUACAGGCGUAUUAUAGAUCAACUGAAAGAAUAUGGUGAUGUUUUAACGGAGCACAUUGCAGACGCUGACGUGUUAGACAAAGAUCAAGGUAGUGACAAGUAUAUUCAUGACCGUGACAUGGCAUGGCUGGUAAAAUCUGAUGCUUUGGUGGCUGAGGUUACCCAGCCUUCCUUGGGAGUUGGUUAUGAGAUAGGAAGAGCAAUGGAGAAUAACAAGAAGAUUCUAUGCCUGUUCAGACCAGACAGUGGAAAAUAUCUGUCUGCCAUGAUCCGUGGAGCAAUUGGAGAGAACUUAAAGGUGAAGGACUACAAAGAGGAAGAUGUUCCUAAGAUUCUAAAAGAGUUCUUUGACUCACUUUGACGUUUAUCAUGGAGAUCUCCUGGAGAAGUAAAACGUGUUAGGUGACUAGUUUUCAAAGUUUGGAAACUAACAUCAAACAAAAUUAGCUCUGCACAAGGUCUGUUCCACAAAAGGGGAGAAAAUAACGUCAUCUAAAGGAUUACUAGUGUUUCUUCAGUAGUGUAAUGUUUAGGCACCACAAGCUCUGUUAAAACUGUGUAUGGUCUGUGAAUAUUCCUGUGUACAACUAUAAAUAAUUUUACCAACCCGUGAUCAUAAGAAAUGUAUGUAUAGAAACAACUAUAUUUUGUACACUUUGUUAGUAAGUGUGACCAAAGUAAUGCUGAUAUACAGGCCCGCGUUGUUCGAAAGGUACAUAACACUAUCCAGUGGAUAGCGUGGUUUGCUUGUGAACACCUAUUCCCUGGAUAGUGAUUUAUCUGGUGGAUAGUGUUAUAAAUAGCCUUCGAACAACUGGGGCCAGGAAUCAGUAUCGUUUCCACGUGAAUUAACAUGGGAUGCAUUUUAAUUAUAAUCGUAAAAAAAUGAGGCGACAGAAAUAAAUGUUAUCAAUGUAUAA